AUGAAGGCCUCUCUGGAUCAGCAGUUGAAGGAAAGAGAUGAGCAGAUUGUUAAGCUAAAGAAGAGCCAGCAUGAAGCAAAUCAGCAACUGAAUGAGGGGAAGGCCAAGAAUGACGAGUUGGCUGAAGAUGAGAGAGAAGCAAGAAAGGUAGCUGAGAUAGAGAUGAAGGGAUACCUGGAUAAGAUAAAUGGUAUGAGAAGCCGAGUGUCUGUGAUACAAGCCGAGCUUGAGUCCCGAGAGGAAGAAGCAAAGGAAAUGCAAGAGCAGUUUGAGGAGUGGCAAGACUAUAUCAUCAGUUUUGAUGCACAACUAAACACUAAGGUAGCCGAGCUUGAUAUAGAGAAGGAAGAAUUGCAAAGGGCCAGAAAUCAGAUUCAACAGUUGGAAAAGAUGGUUCGAAUUUUGGAGACAAACAAUGAAACAUUAGCCGCCAGCAAUGGAACAUUGCUUCAAGAUAACACCGUGUUCCAUUACAAGAUUGAACAAACUGACAGGUUAAUCGACAUGGUGGCUAGAAAGGCAAAUGAGCUACGAGCAAAGGCUACCAGGAUUGCCAACAACCGCCAUAGAUACGAGGAAUAUUUGAAUGAAGUUUCCUCUUUCAUCAGGAUUGUGGCCAAUAGAGGGAUAUCAUUUGAAUAA